ACCAGGCGAAUCACCUGCGAAAAAACUACGAAAAUCCUUGGAAAUUUAAUUUUUUAGUCUCUCGCCAUGAGAGAAAUACUUGUAUAAACAAUUCCCAUUUCUGACCGCCCCUACUUCUGAAGUCGUAUCUAUCCUCUACAUGAUAAUAUCACUCCGUGGCAAACUUUUGAUGCCCAGUGUUUAUUUACACUGUGAUUCUUAGGCUCUACCUACUUUGUUAUCUGUCGCUUCUAUCUGUUAUCCACAACUACUCCAAAUAGACGACUGUCCUUAAAGCCAGCACUGGCCAGCGAGGGCCCAUCUUCCCCAUAUUUCGUCAAAGAAGAAAGCAGAGCCUCGAUCCCCUAAUCUGCGACGGCGACUUUCGAACUUGCGCCCUGGAGAAUCUUCGCGAGAGCGUCGACCGCGUCGCACCUUCCUCCUCCGUUCCUCCCCACGACCCACCCCCUGUGGAUUCCCUCCGCGCGACAUCACCAACAAUGGAGAAGUCGCAAUCCACCCUCUACGUCGAUGACGUCGACCAGACCACAGCAUCCUUCUACAUCCCCUCCCAUACCGACUCGGGUACCAGCGCGUGCCCUCAUGCAUACCCACCCGCCAUCCGCCGCCAACGCCUGCGCUCCCUCCCCCUCGGCAUCGGAGACGAUGUAGCCGACCUCUUCCGCCGCUCCAUGCACCUCGGCUCCUCCUCCCAAGACACCUUUAUCGAGAGAGAGGACAAGGGCAAGUCCUCUUCCUCCUCCACCACCGUCGCCGCGUCAACCGCAACCCCCAAACUCCCAAAGCCAGAAACCCGCAUACGUGGCCUCAUCCGCCGCGCCUCCGUCUCACUUCUCAACCACGCGAAGCCGCGUCGCGCCUCACACUCGCACGCCGACAUGCCGUUCGAUCCCGCAGGCGCGCGCCCCACGACCUCCGCGGGCGCGGCGUGGCAUAAGCUGAAGAGUGCGGCGAGCUUUAGGCAUACGAGGGCGGAGACGGUGGGGUAUGGGUAUAGGGGACAUCAUGAGGCGCUGCGGGCGUUUGAUGAUGUCGAUGAGCCUAUUCCUGGGAAGGGGAAUGCGCCGCCUAUUAUACCGAGGAGGGGCGGGGGGGAGGCGGCUAGGGCGACGGCGGCGGCGCAGAAUGAGAUGCUGAGACGCAGGCAGAUUGAGAAGGAGGUGUAUUUGGAUUAUGAGAGUGCGGUUGAGCUGGCGCUGCCGCAGUAUAGUUUGGCGCAGCGCGAUGAGAAGGAAGAUGCUAUUGUGCGGGUUGAUUUCGUGAGCAGUCUGCCUGAGGAGCUGGCGGUGCACAUUCUUUCGAUGCUGGAUCAUAGGGUACUGGCUCAGGCGUCGGAGGUGUCGAAGAGAUGGUAUCAGGUGGCUAAUACCAACUAUGUGUGGAAGGAGUCAUUCUAUCGCGACAAAUCGACUACGUUUGCUAUGGGCCAUCCAGUGAAACCUGGCACUGGCCUUGGACUCCCGCCGACACUGCCAGAUAAGGAAUGGAAGCAGGUGUACAAGGCGCGACAGCAGCUGGAACGAAACUGGCGCGAGGGCGAGGCCUUAGCUGUCUACCUCCACGGGCACAUGGACAGCAUCUACUGCGUCCAGUUCGACGAACACAAAAUCAUCACCGGCUCCCGCGACAAAACCUUCCGCGUCUGGGACAUCCACACCUACAAAUGCCUCCUCGUCGUCGGCCCCCCCUCCCUCAUCUCCUCCCCCACCCUCCUCACCACCGCCACCGGCACCCCAACCCACUACGCCGAAGUCUCCGUCCCCCAACCCUCCACCGGCGUGCAAAGCCUCGAACCCGACAUAACCGGCCACAGCACCCCCCCCACCCUCUCCUACGCCACCCACCACGAUGCCUCAAUCCUCUGCCUCCAAUACGACGCCUUCACCCUCAUCACCGGCUCCUCGGACGGGACUUGCAUCAUCCACUCCAUCGCUGACUCCUACCGCCCCAUCCGCCGCCUGCAGCACCACACUGCCGCGGUACUGAACUUGGCGUUCGAUGAUAAAUACAUCGUCACCUGCUCCAAGGACUGCACCAUCGCCGUGUUCCACCGCGACACCGGGGCUCUGCAUCGGCAUCUGCACGGACACACGGGACCGGUUAAUGCGGUGCAGUUGCGCGAUAAUGUGGUGGUGAGCUGUAGUGGCGAUUUCAGCGUUAGGCUGUGGAAUAUUGAGACUGGACGCUGUAUUCGCGAGUUUGCGGGUCAUACGAAGGGGUUGGCGUGUUCCCAGCUUAGUGAUGAUGGGAGGCUCAUCGCUUCAGCUGGUAAUGACCAGGUCAUCCGCAUCUGGGACGCCCAUACCGGCGACUGUGUCCGGACCAUCGACGCGCAUGAACUCCUCGUGCGAUCCCUACACAUCGACUCCGUCUCCGGCCGUCUGAUAAGCGGGAGCUACGACCACGGUAUCAAGGUAUUUGAUCUCGCGACGGGGGGGCUGCUGCUGGAUUUCCAGAAGUGGCAUGCGAGUUGGGUCCUAGGGGCGAGGGGGGAUUAUAGGAGGAUUGUUAGUACGGGGCAGAUUCCGAGGGUGUUGAUUAUGGAUUUUGGGGGUGGUGUUGACGGUAUCGACGCUUUGGAAUCGGGACCACAGUUGGCGCCGCAGGAGGUGGGACGUGUGGAGGUGGAUGCGUGGGUUAGGAGGGAUAAGGUUGAGAGGGGGGGGUGGAGGGUGGCGUGUUCUUAA